AUGCCUUCCAUCAAGGAGUACGAACCACAGCAUAGUGUCGACACGAUGGACGUCGAUGACUUGGGUCUGGGGUACCGCUCAUCAUCUUCGUCGGAUCAGGAGGAGUACAUCCCACGUAAAGAGUCGAGGUCUCACCAUAGACGCACAUUCUCUCAUUUCUUGGCUCUCAAGGAUCGUGACGCGAAACAGUUGCACAAGAUCCUCAUUUUGACUUUCCAGAAGCUGGACCAGGAGUCUCAGCGAGCAUCUUCCGCUGAGCGAAAUCUUGCAGCCGCCCUUUUACGUGUCCGUAGCGAAGUUGACGCUCGUCAAGCCGUCGAAGCUGAGGCUUCGCGAGCCAGAGAGGAGCUUGGCAUGUACAAAGUACAACUCGAACAGGCCCAGAGGGAGAUAUAUCGGGCUCAGGAAAUUUUGGAUGAGACGGAGGCGAGACGAAGGGAUGCGGAGGAGGAGGCAGCCAGGGCGAGAAGUCUGGCGAGGAAAUUUAAGCAGGAAAGGGUGAUAGAUCUGGCAAGGGAGGACGGGAGGACGGAAGGCUACCAGAAAGGGUGGCGCAUCGGGUUUGAGGAGGCGGAGCAUGAGAGAAGAGCACGACGAGUGCACGAGGUUUUAAUCGAGGAUGAUGAAGAGGAGGAAAGUCCUCCACCUUCCGGAAUUGAACGUCCCAGGCAUCGUACACGGUCGGCGCCGAGUGCACCGCCGCUACCACGACCUGUUACUAUUAUGCCAGAGCCAGAUUUCGGACCAGAACACAUUCCUGAUGUCGCUCCGUUCGCCUCCGCUCCUACCAUUCCGACCGUCACCACACCGUUCCGCCCUCCCUCACGCACCGCGAGUCAGCCGCGUACGCCAGCUACCACCCCAUAUCGAUCGCACACGCCUUCCGCUCGCCGUGGCUCGACGUCGGCAUCUCGCCCGUAUUCGCCUCAGUCCUCACAGCCAUCCAUCAUCCACCCACAACCCUCGUUGCUGACUCCCAUCGUCAUCCCUGCUCCUGUGGCGCCGGCGACACAGACGGUGCGUCCUGUGCAGCGUCGCGCUACGGCAACACCCAUGCCGUCCGACCGUUCGCAGUCUCCUAUGCAUCGUCGGAGCCCAGUCCCUCCGGAUAACUACAUCCCAUACGCAGAGGUGUCGCCAAACGGGUCUCGUAUCUAUCUUCCCCCUCCUCACGAACUUCACAAUUCCAUGCCCAUGACAGACGAUGGAUACGUGAAUAUCCCGACACCUGUAGUAGAGCGUGUGUAUGAGGACGAGGCAUCCCCUGUCUCUGCACUCCCGCCCUCUAGAAACGGACCGUACGAACCAAGACAAGUGCCUUCGAACCGCGGUGAAGUCAGGACUCGUGAUUAUGCAUAUGGUUCAAGGGGCCCGACACCUGCUCCCGUUCCGGUGCCACCGCCACUAAGGGUGGCACAGGCCCUAUCGACCCAUUCGAGGGCAUCUACGAAUGUGUCGGAGUUUGAGUUAGUCAAUCCAGUGCAGGUACCGGCACCUUCAGUGUACCAUACACGACCCAGGACAACAUCUCAACCACAGCCCUUCUAUACGAACCCUCCUCCUGUCCCGGUACCCAUCCCAGGCAGAGCACCUUCUCGUGGAUCGGAUAGAAUGGCUGAUGACUCAUACCGCAGAGUUCCUCCACCGCAACAUAUCCUUCAGCGCAUGGAGACUCAGCCACAACAGGUACGAAUGGGUGUGCCGAGUUCCGGUGGAUACGCCGCGCCCCCCGAACGGUCUCAGUCAAGGCAGUCUUCGAACGGGAUGUAUACCCGCCCGAGAUACGACUCUGGGGCUUCUACGUCUCAGUCCGACAGACCUGCCAGGCCUGUCCGACCGCGCCGAGCGUCCAGCGGCCCACCAGGAAUUACAGUCGAGCCCCCUUCACCAGAAGGCUCCCCUCCUUCCCCCACGGCCACUGUCCAAACGACCACCGACCAUCGCUUCCUUAGUCCCGAGAUUCAGGCUCGACCACUCACUCCUUCUUUACAUGAACUCGAGGCUGCUCUGCACGAUACGCCUUCCCGCCCUCAGUCUCCACGUCACUACCAGCCACGAGAGCGGUCCCAAUUGAGAGCACAUCCAUCUCGACCGCCUACUCUCACUCCUCUCCAAGAACUUUCAAAUCUGGAGCUUCCCAGGAACGCGAGCUCGUCCUCGAAUGAUUCCGUGCCAACCCCUGUACCACCUCGUUCCUCUUCUCACUCUCGUAGUCAUCGGUCGGAGACCCCUACGCCCUCGCGGCAUGGUCGUCGGAAGUCAGAGUCCCCAUCUUACCAGACUGCUCCCAUCCCUCCUGGCAUCGAAUACCCCACGACGCCUCUCGCCAACGUUUCGAACCUCGCUGGUGCCGCCUCCGGGUCUCCGGGGUCUAGCCGCAGGAGACAAGCAGAGCCUGUCCUGGAACAGACGACCAGCGAGUCGACGGUACAGACAGAAUCAUCGACUGCUACCAACAGGCCCCCGACGCCUGGCGAAUCUCGCAAACCUUCGAAGGACAAGCAUCGGUCCACCGAUUCGUCCGGUAUGACAUUCCCAGGCGACAGAUUAUGGAGGAGGUAUACGAGUCAUUGA